GUUUCUGCAUGCUGAAAUCCAAAAAAGCAGUGGGGGGCAAAAGAUGGGAUGCACCGUGCCUGGAGGAGUCCGGGUUCAGUCUGCUUCAGACUAUCCGGCCAGUCCAUCACAAAGGUACAGCAGCAAAAUGCCACCUCAGCAACCAUCAUACUCGAGUUUGGGGAGAGAAGUGGAACUGACCAUAAACGGGAAGUCGUACAAAGUUUCUGAUGAUGUACCUGCAGACACAACUCUGAACACGUUCAUCAGGGAACACGCCCACCUGAAAGGUACCAAGUUCAUGUGCUUGGAAGGUGGCUGCGGAGCAUGCAUCGUGUCUGUCCAUUCUGUCCACCCGAUGACCCACCAUCCGAUAUUCUAUUCCGUCAAUUCAUGCCUCGUGCCUAUAUUUGCAUGCCACGGUUGGGCCGUGACCACCAUCGAGGGUCUCGGGAACAAAUACUCUGGAUACCACAAAAUCCAGACGCGCCUUGCAGCUGCCAAUGGUUCCCAAUGCGGCUACUGUAGCCCAGGAAUGGUCAUGAAUAUGCACAGUUUGCUUGAAGUAAACCCUAAACUGACGAUGAAAGAUGUAGAAAAUUCAUUCGGUGGGAAUAUCUGUCGGUGUACAGGCUACAGGCCAAUACUCGAUGCUUUUAAAUCCCUUGCAUCUGAUGCUCCCGGGGAAUUGGUGCAAAAGUUGGCCGACAUUGAGGAUAUGGUUUGCCCCAAAACUGGACAGAACUGCUCAGGAGGGUCCUGUAAUCAGAAGUGCUCAAGCGCCCAGUCGACAGCGAUAAUGCCUCCAUCAUCGCUUCACUUUGAACUGGAAAAUGGUUCUGCUUGGUACAGGCCAUUGAGUGUAAAAGAAAUUAUGGAAAUAUUUGACAUGAUCGAAGACAAAACAUACAGACUUAUAGCUGGCAACACUGGACAGGGCGUGUAUAGAAUCAAAGAAACCCCUGAAGUUUACAUUGAUUUGAAUGGCAUUCCUGAACUUCAUGGUUAUGAGGUUCGAAAUGAUGGAAUCACCCUUGGAGCGAACAUCAGUCUUACAGAAGGGAUGGAUUUGUUNAUUGCAUUGAAUAUCCCCGAACACAUAAUUGACAUUCGUGUUAGAAGACUUGGAGGAGGAUACGGUGCAAAAAUCACAAGAAACAACCAUGUCAGUGUUGUUUGCGCUUUGGCAGCUCAUCUUCUUCAUAGACCUGUACGAAUGGUGCUUAACUUAGAGACAAAUGUUGAAUGGGCUGGAAAGCGUUUCCCUGUAUUCAGUGACUAUGAGGUCGGAGUUAACAGUGAAGGAGAGAUUCAGUAUUUGAAUUCAAGCAUCUAUCAAGAUGAUGGACAUGGACCAAAUGAUUCAUCAAUCGGACAAACAAUUCACCACAUUAAAAAUGCUUAUGACACAAGCGUUUGGAACAUAAUCGGAUAUGGUGUUAAAACAGACACCGCUAGCAACACCUGGUGUAGGGCUCCAGGUUCAACAGAGGCGAUUUCUCUUAUUGAAACAAUAAUGGAACAUAUUGCAAAUGUUGUUGAAAAAGAUCCAGUUUCAGUCAGACUGGCAAAUAUGGACAAAGAAGACAAUCUGAUCCCUCAGUUAAUCGAGGAUAUUAAAAAGGCAUCAAAUUAUGAUGAAAGAGUGAAAGAAGUUGAACAGUUCAACAACGACAAUCGUUGGAAGAAGCGAGGCAUAUCACUUGUUCCGAUGAACUACCCUUUCUAUUACUGGGGUGGUUUCUAUGGAAUGGUGUCCAUUUUUGGCAUGGAUGGUACAGUUUCCAUUUCCCACGGAGCCGUUGAAAUGGGCCAGGGAGUGAACACCAAGGCUGCACAAGUAGCUGCACACAUCUUAGGUAUAGAACUCGAAUUGGUCAAUGUUAAACCUAUGACAACUCUUAUUUCGCCAAACAACUCAUCUACGGGAGGAAGUGUUGGCAGUGAAGCCGUUUGCUAUGCUGUUAAAGUCUGCUGUGAAAUCUUGAGUAAACGUUUAGAACCUAUCAAAGAAAAAUUAGGGCCAAAAGCUACAUGGAAAGAGGUCGUUAACCAGGCAUAUGUGGAAAGUAUUAAUCUCAACCACACUUACAUGUAA